AUGCCUCCUAACCCCCGUCUCGCCGCCUUCCUCCGGCCAUGUGGCAUGGUCUGGGCCUCGAUGAAGCUUUGCUGGCAAGGUUUCAAGGAUGCCCUUCGUGAAUCAGGCUUGGGGGCACUCGUGCGUCUGCCACAGAUUCGAGAUGCUGCUUUGGCGACCAUGUUCAACAAGACAUCUAAUGGUUUCAUCGCUUUCGAAGAUACCACUGUCGUUCCCUCGCUCGUACAAGCUGCUUCUGGUGUUGUUCUUGAGCUAGGACCGGGACCGGGCAAUCAAAUCCACCGUUUCAGUCCCUCUGUCACUCAUGUUUACGGGGUUGAGCCUAACCUUAAUUACAAGGACACCAUAGAAGCUAAAGUGAGAGAGCAUGGCCUACAAAACAAGUACACAUUUGUGGCCGCCCGCCUCGAAGAUAGCGAUAUUCUAGAGGAUGUCGGAAUAACCGAAGGAAGUCUAGAUACGGUAUUGUGCAUCCAAGUCCUUUGCUCGGUGCAGGACCCCAAGAAUGUGAUGAAGCAGGUUUGGAAGCUACUCAAGCCGGGAGGCAAAUUCAUAUUUUGGGAGCAUGGAUGGAGCAAGCAUCCUUUAACCAUGCUAGAGCAAGCGUUGCUGAACCCUGCCUGGAGCACGUUUGUAGGCUGUCAUAUGACUCGGAAUGUGUUGGCUGAUAUCCUCGGCGGAGGGGAAUGGGAAAAUCCAAGGGAGAUCGAAUCGCCCGAAGAUCCAGUCAGUGUGCUGCCUAGGAUUCAGGGCGUGCUCAUCAAGAAGGCUUAG